UCCGUCUUUUUACAUCUGAAAAUCACAAACAAAAAAUGGCCGAUAUUGCAACCGCUGAACAGAUCCACGUUCCGACAAAGAAGAAAACCCGAAAGCCACUGAACCCACUAACCCUUUCACAAAAUGAAUCCAAUAUCGUCACAGGAUCGAUCUCUCAGCCAUCAUUGAUACUGCAGAACUCUGCAGGUAAAGAAAACGUGGAUCCCCUUUCACAAAACAAAUCUCUAAAAACCAAGAAAUCAUCAAAAUCAAAAAAGCCAAUACAACCGGAAGUCACAUUCGAAAAAGAAUUUCAAGAAAUGCAAGUGAAACUUGAAAAGAUGACACUCGAGAAACAACAGGUUGAAGAGAUGUUGAAAUUGAAGGAACAAGAACUCGAGUCUUGUAACGAAGAACAAAAAAAGGUUAAAUUGGAGCUUAAAAAGUUGCAGAAAAUGAAAGAAUUCAAACCCACUGUGACACUGCCCCUUUUGCAAUCUGUGAAAGACAAAGAUCAAGUGACCAAGAAGAAGAAGGGUGGCCAAGAUACUAAAAAGCCAGCAACUCCUUACAUUAUGUGGUGCAAGGAGCAUUGGACUGAGGUGAAGAACGAAAACCCAGAUGCAGAGUUCAGUGAAAUAGCAAGCAUUUUGGGUGGGAAAUGGAAGAUGGUAACGCCUGAAGAGAAAAAGCCUUAUGAGGAGAAAUAUCAGAUUGAGAAGGUGGUGUAUUCGAAAAUUGUGGACAACGAAAAGAGAGAAAAUGAAGCUAUGAAGCUCUUGAAUGAAGAACAGAAGCAGAAAACAGCUAUGGAGUUGCUUGAGCAAUAUAUGCAGUUUAAACAAGAAGCUGAGAAUGAGGGAGAUAACAAGAAGAACAAGAAGGAGAAAGAUCCAUUGAAGCCAAAACGUCCAGAGUCUGCGUAUUUCUUGUUUAUAAAGGAGAGGCGCGCUGCUUUGAUUGCUGAAAAUAAGAGUGUUGUGGAGAUUGCUAAGAUAACAGGAGAAGAAUGGAAGAACAUGACAGAGGAGCAAAAAUCUCACUAUGAAAAAAUAGCAAAGGCGAAUAAUGUAAAAUAUACACAAGAAAUGGAAGUUUACAAGCAGAAUAAAGAAGAGGAAGCUGAAAUAGCCAAGAAGGAAGAAGAUGAGCUUUUGAAAGUUUUAAAGCAGGAAGCUUUACAGUUGCUUAGAAAAAAAGAGAAAACCGAAACCAUCAUUAAGAAGACAAAAGAUAAGAAGAACAAAAAGAAGGAAGAGAAGAAAAACAAGAGAAUCGAUGAUCCUAGCAAGCCCAAGCGCCCUCCAUCUUCAUUUCUCCUGUUCAGCAAAGAGACAAGGAAGGAUCUGUCGAAAGAGAAGCCAGGAAUCAGCAAUGCCCAACUCACUGCUCUCAUUUCGGUGAAGUGGAAAGAUUUAAGUGAAGAACAGAAACAGAAAUGGAACAGUGAGGCUGCAGAAGCUAUGGAAAUUUACAAGAAGGAAAUUGCAGAGUAUAACAAGAAUGCUGCAGAGAUCCCUAAUGAUAACUAGCGUUGAUGAUCUUCUAUGAUGUUCAACUGGUUCUGUUGAAUAACAAUUGCGUCUUUUCAUUCAUCAUUACAUAUUACCGCAGCAACUUGAACCGAAGAUCCUUGACAAAGAUGUCUGUUGUCGAGUGGUUUACCAGUUGUUCAAUGUCAGAUUUGUUUGUGUAGACGUGGCCAAACACAACCAAAUUCUAUUACGGACAUUUUGGUUUUACUUGUACCAAAUUUAUCCCCAAUUUGGUUUUUAUCAAAGAUUAGUUUUUAUGUUUGAA